AUGAUGCGUAUACCAGAGAACCCUGGCAAUACUUGGUCGAUAGUGCCUGACAGUCUCGCCCAGUCUGUUGCCACUCAAGGCACAAAAAGGAACGCGCAUGCCAUGCGACUCGGAACAUCUGACGCCCGUUUGUCGUCCAUGCAGCCCGUUCCUGAAUCGUUCCUUGACCGCCUGGUGCCAAGCCCUGAUCGGCAGGUGCGCCCAUCCAUGUCACUGGUCGGUCCAGCCACAGCCAUCAUCAACACCACCACACGCAGCUGUUCCGAACUGCUCCUCGUCAUCUGA